CCAUGGACCAUAGCACGCCAGGCACUCCUGUCUUGCACUGCCUCCCGCAGUUUGGUCAAACUCAUGUUCGUAGCUUCGAGAACACUGUCCAACCAUCUUGUCCUCUGUCGUCCCCUUCUCCUAGUGCCCUCAAUCUUUCCCAACAUCAGGGUCUUUUCCAAGGAUUCUUCUCUUCUCAUGAGGUGGCCAAAGUAUUGGAGCCUCAGCUUCACGAUCCGUCCUUCCAGGGAGCACUCAGGGCUGAUUUCCUUAAGAAUGGAUAGGUUUGAUCUUCUUGCAGUCCAUGGGACUCUCAAGAGUCUCCUCCAGCACCAUAAUUCAAAAGCAUCAAUUCUUCGGCGAUCAGCCUUCUUUAUGGUCCAACUCUCACUUCCAUACAUCACUACUGGGAAAACCAUAGCUUUAACUAUACGGACCUUUGUCGGCAAGGUGAUGUCUCUGCUUUUUAAGAUGCCUCUGCUUUUUAAGAUGUCUCUGCUUUUUAAGAUAGUGUCCCUUUAAUGCCAAAUAUUUCAGGAUAUUAAUACAGUACAUGUACUAAAUUUCUUAAUUACAAAAUGCAAAAAACCUGGAAUGCAUCUUUUAUUUGUAUGGCAGGAUGCUUGAGAGGUUUAAGAAUGUUAUUGACACCCUCUCUCUCCAGGUUUUUAAAAAACUAACUGAUCUUCCACUAGGCGCUCCCCCACCCUGUUAUAUACAUAAAGAGAUCAAUAGAAGGUUUUCAGAUAAUGCUCGUUUGUAACUGCAAUUUUGGUGAUGAUCUGAAGAAGUUCACAAUUUGGGAGUACUCCUAGACCUGGCUUUGCCCCUAGAUGCAAGGGUAGCAGCUGGGGUUUGGAGUGAUUUGCCCAGAUUAGGCUGGUGUUUUAGAUGCAUCCAUCCGUGGGAAGUUCUAUCCUAGCUUUGGUGACACAUGCUUUAGUUACUUCCAGACUUGAUGACUGCAGUACACUCUACAUGGGGCUGCCUUUGAAGAAUUUUCAGUUGGUCCAGAAUGUAACCACAAGUGUCUUGAUGGGUACUCAGCCUUUGGAGCACAUUCUGUUGAUAUUCUGCACUGGCUUCCAGUUUGUUUCUUAGCAUAGUUCAGAGUCCUGGUUAUGACCUUUAAAGCCCUCAGUGAUUUAGUCUAGAUAUCUUUCUCUUCUCAUACAUCUUUUCCUGUUAGUUAAGAUCUGCAAGGGAGGCUCUUUUCAAUAUCCCAAUGAUGUUAGAGCAGGCAUAGGCAAACUCAGCCCUCCAGUUGUUUGGGACUACAAUUCCCAUCAUCCCUGACCACUGGUCCUGUUAGCUAGGGAUCAUGGGAGUUGUAGUCCCAAAACAUCUGGGAGGCCGAGUUUGCCUAUGCCUGUGUUAGAGAUAUGGUUGGUUGAGGUUUAGGAGAGAAACAUUUCUGCGGCUAUGCCCAACUGUGAAAUUGCUGUCUUGAGGUUUGGUCCACUCUCUUUUGAUCUCUCUCGGUAUAUAUUGAAGGCAUUUUUAUUCUAUUGGGUGUCAGCCUACUGAGUUGAGAUACUUUAAGGCUGUUUUAGUGGACAAAUCUAUGGGACCACGCAUUGGUUUUUAAUGCUAUGUUUUACUGUUUUGUUAAUUAAUGUUUGUAAACUACCUUGAUUGCAAUAGGAGGAAGGAGUAUAACCUUAAUAAACAAAAUAGGGGAAAAAAUUAUGCCACAAUCCAGAAACUAGCUCUGUACUAGCUACAGAGAGAGAGAUUUGUUGACCAUGCAGGCGAUUCAUAUAUCUGCAGUAAGGGUACCACCCUGCUUGGGUUUGCAGAACUGCUGUAUCUCAGCAUCAUUUUCUGUGUCAGAAAACAUACUGUUUUCAAAAUAAUUUCUUAGACCAGGACCCAGGAUUAGGAGGGUCUUGAAAAGACAGACACAACAGCAACUUCUUUUUAGGAGAAUUCACAGGAUGCUUGUGCAUGUACUAUCAGACAAGGGUGUUUAAAUUUGGGUAGAGCAGGGGUAGGGGCCGGAUGCGGCCCAAUCGCCUUCUCAAUCUGGCUCGCAGACGGUCCGGGGAAUCAGCAUGUUUUUACAUGAGUAGAAUGUGUCCUUUUAUUUAAAAUGCACCUCUGGGUUAUUUGUGGGGCAUAGGAAUUCAUUCAUUUUUUCCCUUCAAAAUAUAGUCCAGCCCACCGCAUGGUCUGCGGGAUGGUGGAAUGGCCCACGGCUGAAAAAGGUUGCUGACCCCUGGGGUAGAGGCAUGGUUACGCUGUUGCUCCAAGAGUCCAGCUUGGAGCACAAGCCUGAGGAGGGGAUGCCAGCUACUUAGUCACCAGAAGUUUGUGUGCACGUUCUGUGCACCUUAGGAGCUACCAUGUGUGCUUUGUCAAUAAAGAAUUAAACUAUCAACCAUUUGUCCUCUUUGGGCUCGGUGGGCUCGGGACAAUAGUGCCAAUAGAAAUCCAUUAAUUUCACAUUCCCCCCUACCUCCUUUCUUAUUUUUUUAAUUUAUUAAUUGCUAUACUGUUUACUUGCCCAGAUAGCUUCUGAGUGGCUUGGCAUAUAUAAUUUUGUAGUUCAAAGGCUGUUUUGGCUUGGAAGGUUUUGGAUUAUGCAAUAACAUACUAGAGUCAAAAUGGCUCCAACACAUGAACAAGUGUGCCUUCGACUUUUAACCCUACCAAAUAUAUACUUUUAUCCCAAACUCACAACCUUAGUUUUAAAGACUAAGCUAUUGUUUUGAAAGAAGUUCAUAAAUGAAAGUAAUAAAUUACAUGAGGGAGAAUAGGGUGAAAGAAAAACAAGGUUUGUUAAAUUGUCAUGUGACUAUUUAGAUCUCUUAGUCAAACUUCCUGAUUGCAAGUGUAUGUGUGUAAAUAUUCAGGCACAAAUACCGGUAUGUAUGCAUUGUUUUAUCUCAAGGGUAUCCAGUUUUUGUCAGAGUGAGUCUUUUAAAAAUAAAAUGGAAAUAUGGCAGAAGGUGAUUGCUUAUGGCCACAAACUAUUGGCAACUGGAUUUGCAAAAUGUAUUUAUUUAUUCUUUAAAACAGUCACACCUUUCUUCCUGCAGUGUAGGGGAAGUCAAAAGAAGCGAACAACAUAUAAAUGGGGGGGGGGGAAUCCAGCCAAUAUUAAAGCAUAAAGAAACACUUUGGUAAUCAAAUCUGUAAUUACAACAGAUUAUUGGUUCAGCCUGUCCCAAAGUUGUCCCUGAAGAGCCAGGUCUUUACCGGACACAAGAGGGCAUUCCAUUGUGUCAGUGCUACAACUGAAUAAGUUGAGGGAGCAAAUCCACUUUAGCUCUUCUGCAUGCAUUAAGGUGGAGGUAGCAAAAAGAUAACCAACAUAUGAUUGUCACAAGGAUUGAAACAUGUACGCUCUUUGUAUCACUCAGACUGAGAAGGGUCAUGUGAAGUCCAAUCUGUUUUUUGUUUACCUUGUCAAAUAAACACUUUGGUUGGGAAGGAGAUUUACGUAGUCUUCCAAGGAUGUCUUGCUUCACACUUUGAAAAUGUUGACUUGGCUGAAAUCAUAGUUAGUGUACUUUUUGUGAUUGAAACUCUAAAUGAUGGUCAACAGUCAGCAGCCACUGGGCCAUAUCUGGCUUCCUGUGCUAUUAAGCUCUCAGUAACUUGUAAUUCAGAAACAAAGAGAAAUGUGAAGGGAGCAGAAAAUGUGGCAAUGGGACUUCAUGACAUACCUAUGGGAAAUGAGUUUUUCAAUUACUAUUUAGGUUUUUAUAUUUAUUUUAUAUUUAGCUCUCAUUGCUCGGUCCCAGCUCCUGCCAACCUAGCAGGUCGAAAGCAUGUCAAAGUGCAAGUAGAUAAACAGGGGGAAGGUAAACGGCGUUUCCGUGUGCUGCUCUGGUUCGCCAGAAGUGUCUUUGUCAUGCUGGCCACAUGAUCUGGAAGCUGUACGCCGGCUCCCUCGGCCAAUAACGCGAGAUGAGCGCCGCAACCCCAGAGUCGGUCACGACUGGACCUAAUGGUCAGGGGUCCCUUUACCUUUACUUACAAUAUCCUAUAUAUAAGCGUAUUUCAUACAUAACAUCUGCAGAGUCACCAGUUCAUCUGUUCUAUACUGAUUCCAAUUACAAAAUAAAUGGUGGCCAGUUUUGUUGAAAAGUGUAACUUAGACUGAGUGGGAAAAGUUUUAUUCAGGAUCUUUGGAAGACGUUGAUUCAGGUCACAUUUAACACUGAGCCAAACCAUGACUUAGCACAAACAUGGGCUCUUAGAAAGGAGAUUGUGGCCACUGCUCCUCCAGUCCUGCUGUUGUGAGCUAAGCCAUGGUUUGACUUAGUGUGUUGUCUCCUCGGGGAUCAUCCUUCAGAUAAACCACAAGCCAUAAGCCCAAGAAGAAAUUUGCUUAUACUGUAGUUUGUGGCUUUGUUUGGAGCAGGACAAACUAUGAGCCCAGGUCAGACGAUGCACUAAGCUAAACCGUGGCUUGGCUCACAGGAACACCCGGGGGGGGGGGAGGAAAGCUACCAAUGCAAGCACAUGUCUACAGUUGCAGUUAUAAGAGCCAUUGUUGGGAAUCCUCGCGUUUAUCUACUUCUAUUAAGUCCCCCUUUCUAUUUCCUUAGUUAAUAAUGUUUGCUUCCUGUUCCCAUCUUAUACCUAUUUGUUCUCUCCAGUUACUAUUUUGUUUAAGGGGGGGGGGGAGCCAGUUGAUUUCAAUUGAUUUCAAACUAAUCAGCAUGUUAUUCUUGUUUCACUUGCUUCUUCUUCUUUUUUCUUUGCCAUGCUGCAGAGGUAAAAGUUACAGCUUGAGAACAUUGCACUUCAUUAUGAUUGUAGUGGGAUGGAUUCUAAGGCCUCCACAGAGUAAACCAAUUAUUUUCAUGGGUCUCCUCUAACUUGGACUCAGUUUGAUGCAACGUGUUUAUGUGCAAAGAAGUUCUCCAUUGGUUUUUCAAAUCUCUGAACUAGCCAAGUGUAGAUUUUCUGUAUCCAAUUUGGGGAACUCAUUCCAUUUAUUUAUUCAUAACACUUGAGAGGCUAGUUGAGACUAGCCAGCACCCUGCACCAAGCUCAAAGAGCAUCCUUGCACAUCCCCAAUACUCCCCUGCAGCUAUGCAUUGAGUUCUUUGUGACACUCCUGCUAGUACUGGUUUUAAAUGCAAAACCACUCACCAAAUUUUCUUUCCUUAAAAGUAGUAGGCUUUUAAACUAAAUAAAUCCUUAUGAAUUCAUUUGCACACAAAAGUGACUUGAAAUGUGCAAAAAAGUUUCAGUUUGUGGUUUAGUAGGACUUUCAUCUUGGUCCAAACUUAAGUUAAACUGUAGUACUUAAAUUUUAUUCUAUUUCAUCCUGUUCAGACAAAACUGGUUUUAGGGGGAAAUACAGUGGUACCUCAGGUUAAGAACUUGAUUAGUUCUGGAGGUCCGUUCUUAACCUGAAACUGUUCUUAACCUGAGGUACCACUUUAGCUAAUGGGGCUUCCCGCUGCUGCUGCUGCGCGAUUUCUGUUCUCAUCCUGAAGCAAAGUUCUUAACCUGAGGUACUAUUUCUGGGUUAGUGGAGUCUGUAACCUGAAGCAUCUGUAACCAGAGGUACCACUGUAGAGCUAGGAGGAAGUGAGUAUUAUUUGACUGAGGCUCAGUUGCCCAAACACUCAACCCAGUAUCUGUAGUUCAAACAGGCAGUGGUGUGGCUUGUAUCACCUAAUCACUAGCAAGGAAGCAAUGACCCACACUCAAUAAAUAUAGUCUGAUUCUCUACGUUUUCUGGGUUGAGGAAAAGGUGGCUUCCCCUGGCCCUCACCCAAGGAAUGUGGCAGAAUAGAAGUACACCUGAUGUGUUUCUACACUCUAGAGUCAGCAAGAAAAAAAACACCUUUCCCUCAUUAGAUUUCAGGACACUGAGGAAUAAGACUGCAUAAGAAGUCCUUCGUCUUCUGUGAUCCUUUGCAACUUUAACAAGGGAGAAGAGGCCCCAACUCCCAAAGCAGGAUUCCCUGUACAUUGUGGAGAAUGAAGAAAUAGUGAGGGCAACACUGCUGAUCCUUCCAGUGGGCAGCAAUGAUCACUAUACUUCCCCAUCCCUGAAUACAUCUUGGUGGUUCUAUUUCUUUGACAUGGAUGAUGAAGAUGGCCGGUGCUUGCUAGAUGUAAUUUGUGAUCCUCAGGCAUUGAAUGAUUUUUUACAUGGAUCUGAAAAGAUUGACAGUGAUGAUCUCUUGGACAACACAGGAGAUGCAGCCAGUGCCUUCUUUGAGGGUGCUGGGCUGCACGUACAAGAAACCUCUGGCAAUCAUCUGAGCACUGAACAGAGCCAGCCCACAACAAGUGUUGACUUAGACUUCCUGGAAGAUGACAUCCUGGGGUCACCUUCAGGGGGAGGGGCCAACCUACAGAAUUCGGACCAGCCCUGUGACAUUCUCCAGCAGAGCCUGCAGGAGGCAAACAUCACUGAGCAGACUCUGGAGGCAGAGGCAGAACUGGAUCUGGGGUCUUUUCAGCUCCCUACGCUUCAGCCAGUUGUCCACACUGCCUCUGAUGUCACACCACAGAUUUUCUCUGGUGGAGCUGACCUUAUUGGACUGCAGCAGCCUGCAGUCUUGACUCACCAAGCAUUGGUGCAGCAGUCAGUUGGAGCCGAUGUCGUCAACAAGGCAAUCAGCGUGCAACCUUUUCUCCAGCAAGUUGGCUUGGGAAACGUCACCAUACAGCCCAUUUCCAACCUUCAAGGGUUGCCAAAUGGGAGUCCCAGUGGAGCACUGGGCAUUGGGCAGAUUCAAGUGGUUGGCCAGCAAGUGAUGGCAAUUAACCAGUCUGCUCAGCAGAUAAUUGCUAAGCAAGUUCAAUCUUCCCAAGUGGCCACCAUGCCAGUUGGAAGUUACAUCACUCAGACAGCAGCAGAACAGCAACAGGUCACCCUUACUUCGGCUGGGGUGUCUCCCCAGAAUGCAGGCCUUGUCAUCCAGAAGAACCUCCCAGCAGUAGCCACAACAACACUGAAUGGAAGCUCCAUGUUUGGGAGUGUAUCUGCUACACAGGGCUCCCAGCCUCUGACUGUCACAUCAAGCUUGAGCAGCCCGCUGGUACAGACCCAAAACGUGAUCAUUCACCGGACACCCACACCAAUUCAGCCCAAACCCCCAGGAGUCCUCCAGCAGAAGUUGUAUCAGAUCACCCCUAAAACAUUUUGCCCCAACAAUGCUACCCUUACCAUCCAGAACGAAGCUGCCCUCCAACAACAGAAGGCCCAGCAGAACCUAACAUUUAUGGCAGGCAAGGCUGGGCAAAAUGUGGUGCUCUCUGGAUUCCCCCCGGGUCUGCCUGCCAACAUGUUCAAGCAGCCCCCGCCACAGCAGCAGGCCCUUAGCAAACCCAUGAGUGUCCACUUGCUGAAUCAAGGCAGCAGUAUUGUUAUCCCAGCGCAGCAUGUCCCCCAGGCAAUGCUACAGGGUCAAAACCAGUUCCUUCUCCCGGGACAGCUCACCGGUACUUCGGCAGUCCAGAUUCCCCAACAGCUGUCAGCCUUGCAGGCUAAUAUGGGUGGCCAGAUCUUAACCACGUCGCACCCUAGUGGGCAAACUCACAUCAUCACCAGCCAAGGGCCUGGCGGGCAGCUAAUAACGAAUCAAGCACUGCCUGCCCAAAUCCUCACCAAUCAAAACCUGACAAGCCAACUAAACCUGGGGCAGGUACUGACGUCGCAGAAUGCACAUGGCACUGCCCACAUUCUCUCUGCUCCUAUCCAGUUGCAACCGGGACAGGUUGGCCAGCCAACUCUCUUCCAGAUGCCUGUCUCUCUAGCCGGUAGCCUGACAACUCAGAGUCAGCCCACCAUCACAGCCUCCCUGGCCAGUGGUGCCAUUAAUCAGACUGGUCAGACUGUUAUCCAAGGAGUCACCCUGCCUAACCAAGUGGCUAUGUUGAAUGCCACCGAGAACCUCAACCAAACUGUGACCAUCCAAGCACCCCCUAGUGCCAGCAGCCAGAGCCCAGGUCUCAUUCAGCCACAGCCGACCUCCAGCACCAACCUGCUGCCAAGCAGCGACCAAGCCAACAUAUUAACCGUCCAGUCCACUUCCCAGUCCUCAGCUCCUUCCCAGCUUCAGCUGAAUGUACAGCAGCAAACUCCACCACCUCAGCAGCCAGCACAGCUACCCGUGACUUCGCAGCCCAGUCCCAGCUUGGUGGCAUCUAGUCCUGAAAAAAUUAUCUUGGGCCAGGCAGCUGCUGGAACCAUCAUCUCCCAGGAUUCUAUGCAGAUGUUCCUGCAGCAGAAGGAUCGGAGCCAGCAGCAGCAGCAACAGCAGCAUCAGCAGCAAUUUUAUUCAUCAGCCCUGAAAAUGCAGCAGGAGAACAGUAUGAACGAAUCCACAGUACCUCCCCACCUGCCAAUGCCUCUGCCCAUCUACAGCAUAGCCACCACCGCCCUCAGCACCACAAGCAGUGUCCCAGCCUCAGUGAUAGUCAGCAGCAGUGUAGGCGCAUCCCUGCAGCCGCCUGCCAGCCGAGAGCUGAGCCAGAACCACAACCUGCCGCCGGUGGAGUCCAAAGUACCUCACUUCUCAGCAGGCCCUCCCCAGCAGGCAAUGGCUUGCCAGUUGCCUUCAGGGCAGCAGAAACUUCCUGGAGCCUCCCCAUCCCAUUCACUACCUCAUCCUUCAGUGGGGGAGAGCCCCCAGCUCCAGCCCACACACCUUUCACAGAUGCAAUCUCCACACCAGUCCCGCCCUCCAUCUCAGCCUCAGCCACUGUCCCGGCCACCGUCCCGGCCUCACUCGAGGCCUCCUUCCCAACCCCAGACUUUGUCCAGGCCUCCUUCCGAGCCCCUGCCACGGUCCUGCACCCCCCAGACACAGAUGCAGAAUCUGUAUGUGAUUCAGAAUCAGAUUGCUUCUUCUCCUCAUGGUUCCAACCAGCAUCCUCUGCGGCCCCCCUCGCAGCCUCAGGUAUCAUUCCAAGCACCACAGGCCCAGCCAGAGGGGCAGCCUCAGCUGGCAACCCCUCCACAUCUGCAGCUACAGGUUCAGCUUGCUCCUCAGCUCCAGCCACAGGCCGAAUCCCAGGUGCAGGCCCGGCUACAACCCCAGAUUCAGGCUGCACCUGAGGUGCAGCAUACCCAUUCCCCCCAUUUCCAGCUUCAGUUCUCUGCCCAGGGCCCUAUCAAGCCCCCCACCCCAACCCAGGCGCUUCAUCUAACACCGGAGCAGCAGAGGAGUUUUCAGAUGGUUCCGAAUCAGUUCCAGGCUCUUUCUGCAAUUCCAGCACCCAUACCUCAGCAGAAGCAGUUAAUGGAUCGGUUUCAGCAGAUGCCCCAGGGGAUUAUUCUACAAACGAAGCAGCCAACUUCCACUAGCCAAGCAUCACCCGUGUUGAGCCAGUUCAGCAGCCAGCCCUCCUCAGUCUUGGUUAGCAGCCAAGGACAGCAGGUCACAGUAUCAACAAGCCAGGCACCACCAGUUCACAGCCAUGCUCCUGUGCCUGCCACCGUUCAACCUUCCAAUGCAGUUUUGAGCAAGGCGGCUCCAGUGCUUGAAAAGGGGCAGGUCCAGAGAGGAGGAGGGCAGCCUGCGCAACCUACAUCACUCCUCCAGCAACAAACACCUGUGUUGGUCAAAUCAGCAUCAAUAUCUACUGCUGCUGCAGCUCCUUCAGAGAAUAAAACAUUUUCUAGCAUCACCACAACCAUUUCUGGAGGGAAAGCAACCACCGGGCAAGCAAAACCUGCAGGUCCUCUUGCCAUUCAGCAGCCAGUUCAGACCAAACCUGGAGUCAUUAGCUCUAUGUCAGGCCUGAAUCUGGGGAAAGGUCCAUUGCAGCUCCAGGUAGUUGGAAAGGGCUUGCCUCAACUCAUGCCUUCAGCCCCUACCCAAAUCCAGCAGCAGUAUGACGGCAAGCUUGGAAACCUGAAAAAGCCUCCUCCCAUGCUACAGCCCAGCAAGGAAGCUUGUUUUUUGGAACAGCUGCAUAAACACCAAGGAGCAGUGCUGCAUCCUGACUACAAAACCUCAUUUCGGUCAUUUGAAGACGCCUUACAGAGGCUCCUACCAUACCACGUAUAUCAAGGAACAUUGCCUUCUCCCCAUGACUAUCGGAAAGUAGAUGAAGAGUUUGAAAUGGUGUCUACACAGUUGUUGAAACGCACACAAGCCAUGUUGAACAAAUACCGCCUGCUACUAUUGGAGGAAUCCCGGAGAGUCAGUCCUUCUGCAGAGAUGGUGAUGAUCGAUCGGAUGUUCAUACAGGAAGAAAAGACCACCUUAUCUCUUGAUAAACAGCUGGCAAAGGAGAAGCCAGAUGAGUAUGUUUCCUCAUCUUCGCGGUCGCAGAGUUUUGCUUCUUCUCUGGCUCAGAGUGCUCUGCCCAGCAAUGCCGCUCUGGCUUCUGAGAACCUGAAGGCACCUCCACUGCAGAUGGCAACCCAGAUCAACCCAACAAAACUGGUCAUCAAGCACAGCGGAGGCUCUCCCUCUGUCACGUGGGCCAAGGCCUCUCCCUCAUUAGAUGGUGACGAGGAUGCCAUGCCCUCCAGGAGUAAGCCGCCCAUCAAAACCUACGAAGCCCGGAGCCGGAUUGGACUGAAACUGAAGAUCAAACAGGAGGCGGGCCUUAGCAAAGUGGUUCACAACACUGCCUUGGACCCGGUUCACCAGACACCGCCGCCCAUGUGCACAGUGAUCAAAACAACUGACCAGCACUCGUCGGCUUCAGCCGUUGCCACCACCACUGCUGUCUCAACGGCGGGUCAAAUGAAUGGGACUGUUGAUCAUAUCACAGCAGCUCCAGUGGAGAAAAAGCCCAUUGUGACUUACUGCAGGCUUCCCCUCCGUAAGACAUACAGGGAGAAUGUGGACGCUUUUGUAGCGGAUAAAGCCUCUGACACCUGCCUGAAAGAGAGCAGCCCAAAAGUUGAUAUGGUGCCAAGCACCCUCAUCAUCAAGCAGGACGGGGGCUCCAGGAGUGUCAUUACUACCCGCAAAACUCACGAGAGCCCCUCCGUGGCUGGGGCAGAGAAGAGCCGGUCAGAGGAGGGUACCAAACAUACCUUUUUCAACCGGAGUGAUGCCCGUUCCCUCGUAAUGCAAGAGAGCCCCACCCCUCCUAAGACCGACGAUUCAACCAGUGGCCUUAUGAAGGAAUUGGCGGAGGUUGAGGAUGAGUUUUAUCACCGGAUGAUAAAAAUCGAGCCACCUGACCAUGGUUCUGCCUCUGAACUCACAUGGGAUGUGCCCCUGCCCCCAGCCAAACGUAGAAAGUCAGAGUCUUUUGAUGUGGACAAUGCCAGCUUCUCCAGCGACAGCCCCCCAGAUGACUCACUCAAUGAGCACCUACAGAGCGCCAUUGAUAGCAUCCUGAAUUUGCAGCAACCUCAAGCUGGGGGCCAGAACACCCGAGCACCCUCCUCUUCAUACAACUCCUCCUCCUCCCCUUUCUCUUCCCCUGUCCACCGCACAGACACUUACCUUGCCCCCAAUCACAAUGGUGGCCUUGGAGCAAGGACGUUGAACAGAUAACAGAAAUCUAUACCAAGCAGAGACUGUACAAAGAGAGCCAAGGACUGGAGCUGCUGCAGCUUCUGCUGGCUGGGAAACGGUUGGAAGCCAAGGUGCCACUUCCCAGAGACCUGAUAGAAUAGGGCUGAUACCAGAAGGGAAGAGCGGGGAUCUGGGGUGGGGCGGGCAGUGAGAAUGUCCUACAGAGGCUUCGUCCAUCCAAGUGUUUAUAUGAUGGGUUUAGGUUGUUGUAAAGCUGCGGCUGGGUUUACAAUAUACUUGUCUCAUCACAUGCACCAUUUUUAAAGAAGGAAGUUCAGCAAAUGUGAGGCAGGCGGGUGGGGGUUGGAUUGGGGGCCCAUAGGUGGUAGUGUUGGCUGUGUGAUAUUUAGAUUCUGUAACAAAUUGCUAAUUUGAAUCUCUGAUUAUGAUUGGGUUUUAUUCCCCGCCCCAAAUGCCACGCCUAUAUUUUGGACAUUUUCACAAAUCCCAAGCCAGAAGCCAGCGGGGAGGCCAAAGGAAUGGGGCAGGGCAGGGGGACAGCUCCAGAGGAGUUGCCACAAGGGGCAAUUUAUGUAAUUGAUUUUGUGGGGUUUCUUAAGUUAUUUUAAGUAUAAACUGUCUGCUUUUUCUUUCCUUUUUUAACGUAAAAAAUAGAAUCUGAACAAAAUGCAAAAAAAAGAAGAAAGGAGAAAAGAUACAAACACUAAUGGUUUAAACAAAGAAGUAUGGAUUGAGUUUACAAAUAAGCCCUUAUCAAAGAGGAAGCCAGUCCCUCCCCAGACAUCCAUGGGUCUGGUUAAUGCAGUCAGGAUGAGUGAAACUAGGAAAGUUCUGGCAAGAGGGUAUACAUUUCUCUCUAAUGUCUUCCCCUCUCCCCCUUUUUAAAAAAUAAACCAACCUGUCAACCUUUUGUCAAAAGAAAUCUAUUCAAGAUGCCAGAGGUGUACAGUUGGUUGGGCAUUCCCAAGAUACGGGGGCAUGGAACCCCAGCCAGGCAUGGGCAGGAAGCCAAGCAAGUUUUCUCUUUGUCUUCUUUCCUCCUUUGCAGCAGCUGCCAAGUUUUCCUCUCUAGUUGCAUCCUGUGGCUUCAGUUUCCUACCUUGGUUUCUCCCAUUUCUAAAACCACAGCAUUGCACCUCUCAUCUAUGCUCCUGCUACCUGCAUGUAGACAAAAGUCAUGUGAUAGGAUGAGAAUCCUUUAGUGAAAACUGUCAGCAUCUUCCUCUUGCUAGCUGCGGGAUAAGAUAGCAGUGUCUGGGGGCUUGUUAACGUAGCUCUGCUCAGUUCUCUCAGCUGUUGCAUUUGUUGCGACUUUUGACUUGAGAUCUCCCAUUUUAUUUUCUUGCCAGUGAUUCUCAUCUUGUCUGCUCUUUAUUUCUACACCCCCAAAACAAAAAUAAUUAUGUGUGCAGGAUUUAUGCAAGUGUUUGCAAGAAAGUCACAUGCUGGUAGGGCAACCUUGCUUUCAGAUCCUUAGAUUACCCCUGGCUUUAUUCACAGAAGAACAAAGAGCUAAGCAUUCCCCACGUUACAGCAUUGAGUUGUGUGGGAACAGAACAGCUAAGGUAGGACACGGUCCUUGGUUAGCCGCAGCUUGGCAAAGCUUAGACUUGAUCACAUGAGAGAUUGAUAUGUGGAGAGUGGCAUACAAAAUAAGCAGUAUGAGAUCUGCCACCCCAAGUCUUCCAAUCAAGACUCUCCCCUUUUCCUUGACAGGUGGCAAGUGUCCUGAUAGUACGCCCUGUUAGUAUUCUUUAAAACUUGCACUGGACCUGAAAAUACUGGAUUUCUUGUCAGUGUGUCAUCAGCAUGAUGGAAUCUGCAGCUGCAACCUUCACGCACGGCCUACUUCACUUUGGGCUCCUUCUUCCACAACUAGAUUCCUUGUCCCUGCAGGACAUUUUGCCACUUUGCUUAGGUGCCAUCUCAGGCCUUUGGAAGUGCCAUCUCUCUCGUUUCUCUCCUCUGGUGUAUUGAUGUUCUUUAGUGCUCUAUAGAGAUGAAUGCUAUUCCACCUGGAAGUGGUGCUGAAUUGGCAAGUGCGUGGCCUGCUUGUUUAGGGGGUAUCUCUUAGCCUGCUUCAGAGAGAGAACCAGGGACGUCUUCACUUCCUCCACUGCUGGAUUGUGUGAGGAGAAAACUGCAAAACAGGCUUGGAGGUGGGUUGUCAGCAGACAGUCUGAGUUAGCACAGAACCAUUUGGCAGACAAGUUAGAAAGGGAGACUUGGCUUUUUAAAGAGCAAGGGUGAUUGUUCAUCAAAUAUUUUUGUGACUUGGUGUAGAAGCUUGUUGUAAACAUUGUUAGGACUUGGCCCAGGUGGAAAACAGGGCAUUGAUGAGUAGAAUUUGGUUAUAUAUUAGAGGUGUUGCUAACUCCAAAAAACUGGACCACUUCUCCCUUAUUUGCAAUCACACAACUUUAUCCUUGCUGUGGCUUAAACUGUGAAAUAAUGCUGCUUCUCCUUGUUGAUGAGUUUUUCAUAACUUGUGGGUUUAUAUACCCUUCCACUAAGGAAAGGUGAUGAAAGCUUACUACAUUUUUCCUGUUUUGAAGCUCUCCUUGAUCCCAGCACAGGAACAUGAGCCUGUACCAAAAGGUCAAAAAUUUGUAUUGUUUUGCAUAUGGGCCUCAAGAGUAAACAUGAGCUAGAGUUGCUGUCCUUUGGGUUUUCAGAUGGAACUGUCAGGGUACUCCAUGGUAUGUUGCAGAUUACUCUGGUGUAAUGAUUCUUCCUAAAUCCUGUUACAACACAGUGUUGCAGUGCAGCUCCAGAAGGGCAGUGCUUGGUUUGAUUCUCAAGGUCUUCAACCUUAUGGGGUUUCCCCCCCAUUUAAUUUGCACUCUUCCAGACUAAUCUGCAAGUGACAGACUGGAUGCAAAAACAAAUGCAGACCAUACUUUCCUGCUUACAGGUGCCAAAACUCCCCUCUGGUUAUGCCUGUGUCCUCACCACCAUGCGUUAGAGACAGGUUCCUUCUGCCUUGAGCCUUCUGUAUUAUAUCCAAGAGAGCAUAAAAGUGAUAAUGUGGUGUGCGCACUUUUGCUCAGUCCACUGUGUGCAAACACAACGCAUGUGAAGAUAAGUUCUCCUAGAGUUCAUAGCCUGCAGAGCCAUACUAUAUCAUUAGUAUGUGUGUGUAGAAAUCAUCAUGAUUUUGCAAACAGGAUAAUUUUCUACAUAAUUGAGGGAGUGAGAGAGCACCCCCCCCAAAAAAAAAAUCACUAUCCAGAUUCAGAGCCUGCUUCAUUAUACAAGUACUCUACUGACUAAGGGAGUAUAGCUGGUGAAGAAAGAAAGGGGUAAAAUUGUCUGUGUUCCUUCCUUUCCUGGCCCCCAUUUCCUAAAGUUAUGGUUUGGUUUUGUACUCUUCGCAGUCUUGAAAGUUUACUUUCCUCACUCUCAUCCUGUCAGGGAGAAGGACUCUCCAUUGUUGUUUCAGAGUUGAGUCGGAAACGCAACAUAUACUGUUGUGCUUUUAGCUCACCAGACUGUUGAGGGCAUGUUUGGAUUCCUGUUGAGUACAAUUCAGUCAUGAGAAUCCAGUGCACACCGUAAUUUUGCUUGUGUGUGCCCCUUUUGGCUACUGUAGGUCUCUCUUCUUCCCAGACUAGUUAUGCUACCUAAAAUUAAAGCAGACACACAUACCCUAGCUUACAGCUUGCGAAGCAAUGGGUGUGCUGCCAAAGAAUUCUGCUUUCUUUAUUCUUAAGCAGGGCCUGUAUGCUCAUUAUUUUCAGAGUUGCCUAUUAGCAAACAGCCAGCUUUAUCAAACUACCAAAAUUGGAUUUCUUGCUCUGUGCCACUGCAUCCCACAUUCCCUGCUUGUAAAAAGAAAUAAAAGAAAAGUCAUAUUAAAUGCCUACUCUUUUGGCGGCUGUCCCACAGAGAAAACCAAGAGUCGGAAAUAAGGCCCAGCAAGUCUGACGGGAGAUAAGCUGUUUGUCCUUUUGUAAUAGUGCCAAGUGAUCUCCACUAAGCCAUUGGCUAUAAAUCUUUAAUUUUCCCUCUUCUCUCCUGAGACUUCUUUAUUUCUUUCCAAGAAAAAAAAAAGCUAUGGUUCUGGUUUCCAGGAGUCGGGAAUUUGCUGCAGCUGCCUUCCGAAUUCCUUCACGCGCUCCUUUUCUACAUUCCCCCAUCUGCAAGCGGUCCUGAAACAAAGUCUCUUUGAUAGUUUCCUCCCUGGUGUCUACCAUCACCGCCACCACCCUGUCCCUGACCAAACUCUGAUGAUAAAUUGUCAUGAAAAGUAUUGAAAGGGUUUAAAAAGCAAUUCUUGGGCAAGGGGGAGGGGCUGCAGACACCAAAACUGUAUGGAUGCAGCAACUUUUCUAGUUUUUAUCUUUAAAAUGACAGGAAAAUAAACACUUCUUUUGAGAAUUUUUAGCUGCCAUUCUGUUGCGUUGGAAAUGCCGCUUUUAAAAAGGUGAAACUCUCCCCCAAACAGCUAAAUGUGUAUUCUUAAAUCAGGGCCUUCAGAAGGAUUUGGAACUCAGAACAGUGAAAACAUCCUGGCUAGCUGUGUCUUUUGGCUACAGAAAAACUGGUGUUCUCAACUCUUUCUUUUGCUGAUUCCCCCCCCCCACUCCCCCGCAAAAACCAAACACAGUUAAGUGAGGCCUUAACAUUAUCAGUGUGCUUCUUUGAUAUAUUCAUUCUAAAAACGAGUGUAUAUGUGAGAAAGAGAGAGUUUGUCAGUGCUUGCAGAAACAACCUGGGCAAUUUAGAGAAGUCAGUACGUCUGAGAUAACUUCUUUCAUAAGUAAAUAUGAGGGAAUAAUUAGGAUCUUGUCAGCAGCUGAAUGGUCCAGCUCCCAUGCAAGCUUUCUUAAAAGUAUUACCGUAUUUUUCCAUCUAUAAGACGCCCCCAUGUAUAAGACGACCCCUAUUUUUGGGGACUCCGAUUGAAGAAAAUGGGGGGGAGAUGGCCCCUGUAUAUAAUAUGCCCCCAAAUUUUGGACAUUAUUUUUUAGGGGGGGGGGACCUAGUCUUAUACACGGGAAAAUGUGGUAGUUAGUUGGGGUUUCUGAGCGGUUUUGCCCCAUCUCUCACUCUUUGCAUUGUCUGUGCACUUGUGUGACUUGCUUUACUAUUUCUUUUGCCUUUGCCUCAUUCUCCCUUGGCUACUUGCUCCGAUGAAGCUACUUGAGCAUACAAAUAAUUUAAUGUUUACCAGUUGCAAGGCAUGCUUGGCAGCUAUCUGUCAAAGUCUGUUAUAGGAUGUGUGGGUAGAGAGCUAGCUAGUAUCUCUAGUAUAACUAUGGAUAAAGAGACUGAAUUCAGGCCUUUAAAAUAUAAAUAUAUAUAUUAUUUUCAUUAUUAUCUUGCCUUACCAUCACUCACACUUUUUGUCCAAGGGCAGAGAACAUGUGUAAACCCAUCUGUAGAUUUCUGUGUUGCAUUUCUUCCCCCAGGCCUCUCUGUGCACACAGUACCGAAUGUACCUGCAGACAUUUUUUUCUUUCCUCUGGCUGGUUGUCCUUGUUAGCUGCAUUUCAGCACCCCACUGCCCCCCCCCAAAAAAAAACAAUAAGAGAGGGGAAUACCAAUAGUCCUACCCUAAAAUGUUGUUACAGGGGAAGGCAGAAAAUUCUAGAGAAUGUCACUAUUGGUCCAAGCCUAUUCUUUAGCAUCAGUUCCUCUUCCUUUAAACUUUACUGUGUCUUGUGAAGUAGAGAAAAAAGUUUGUGUCUUAAAAAUGCAGUUUACUGGAGAACUUUUUAGGGAUAUAAUUGAACCAAAAAGGGGAUUUGAAGGUCUAAAUUUCUCUCUCUCUUUUUUGUCUUUGACAAAGUGUGUUUCAAAACUCACCCCAUCUUACCAAUGGUGCAAACUGCUUAAGAAAACAGAAUACCAGAGCCCCACUUCAGAGUGUUGUGUGUUCCACUGCACACAAGUGAAUAGUGCCUCGUGCAGGAACUAUUGUGUCCACACCAGAGUUUCCGCAAGGGGUUUCUGGAUCAGGCUCCAGAUUUUCUUUUAAGAGGAUGCAGUUCCACUCAGAAAAUAACCUGCACAGCUCCCAUUCAUAUCAGUGGGGUAUAUGAGACUGUCUACGAAAACCGCAUCAGAAGAAAGGCACUGUUCCUGUCUUAUGCUUUGUAGCAGCCUGCCAUCUAAUUUCAUUGCUCUUUCAUUUAAUUUUGGUUCUGUGUAAGGUGGCAUUUUAAAACUUGCUUCUUGCAAGGAGAGAAAGCUUUGGGGGAUAUUCCAAAGCACGUGUCCACCCUCCUGCUCCACCCACCCCACCCCCCACUUAAAAGGGGUGCUCCAUCGCAGAACAUUAGCUACAGCCCUUUUAAGGGGAGGGCCAGGAGCAACCAGAACAUGUUCACACUUUGUCACCCUGAUCCAGAUCCCUGUACAUACUCUGAUGCACGCACAGCAGUCCUGCACACAUGGGCUUUCCCAGCCAGAGUGCCAUGGAAUGCUCACUAACUUGCCUCCACUGAAGUAAUAAAAAAAAGAGUUUCAUCAGCUGCAAGAAGCUGCUGAUUUGGGGGCAAACAAGUUCCUCCUCCAUCAUGUAGAGAUGCUGGAGGAGUAUCCCAAGCAGAAACAAAAACCAGGUUUGGUUCUGAAACACUACUUGCUGAAGCUUACAGUGCUCCCCACCUAUAACCCCCUUGUUACCAUAAUGUGGGGAGGGGGAAAACAUAUAUGGUUAGGAAGCAAUAAGGGAUGUUCUAACUCCCAGGCUGGUGGGGUUUUUCUUCUUUUUUAUAUAUAAAUAUAUAUAUAAAAAUGUAUAUGAAAUUGUUUGGCUUUUCGUUUAGUGUCCUUUUUUUCCUUCUUCUAAAAAGUGUGGAUUUGGGAUUGUUAGCUCAUUUGGUCACCGCCUCUUCUCACUACAAAAUAGUUAAGCAGGGAAAUUCUUCCCUUCAGAUUAAAGGUUGAUAAUACACACCGGCACCCUCAUUAUUAUCGGGAAGUAUAUAUUACGACAUCUUUUCCAGUAUUUUUUUAAGCCAAGAGACCGUGCAUUCUUGUUUCAUAGCUGCAAAAGCGGAAGGGAAGUCCUGCGUCUCUUUCUGCGUGUUUAGAUUUUCAUGGAGGUAUUUUUGGUUUUUAAGAGAGGGGUAUUGGAGAAGAGAAGGAGAGAUACAGAUCGCUACUCUUAAGAACGUUCCAACUGCCCACUUCAAAUCAUUGCCAAUUUAGGAUUUAAAUGGGCUUGAGAGGGUAAUUCUGAAAGGUCAUUUUCAAAAUUGAUGUAAUUUCAUUUAGGCCCAUCCGAGUCCUUCAGCGUUUUCGAUCCAAGACCAAAUAACAGGAAGGCUUUCCAAAUAUGAGGAAGCAAAAAGUAAUACCCCAUUCAUUUUUAGUAUUAAAAAAAAAAUAACCAGUUUUUCUUUCCUCCCCCCUGCUGGUACCAGUUUGAACUUCAUCACAGUUCAAAAACGAAAUAUAGUACUAUAAAAUAAUUUUGUACUGUAUUUAUUGUGUAUAACAAUUUUUUAAAAGAAUUAUGUACAUUUAGUACUUCUGUGUAAAUUAAAUUGCUCUUCUUUUUAAAAAUGG